AUGGGGCUAGUUAUUCACCAACUUCAAGAAAGAUGGAGCUUCCCGUCUUACAUAUUAAGGCGAUUGGAGACUCCGGAUCAGUACUGGAGAGAGUUCCAAGAUAAUCAUAUCAAGUUGGUUGAGUACGAGGACCAAGACUACGCUUAUUUCUCGGAAAAUCACUUCGAAAAAGCAAAAUCACAUUAUACCAACUGUCAGAGAAUUUUCCAGCAACAUCUAUCUAUUGAUCAAGAAAAGAAGUCAGUUCUGAGACCUGCUACUCCUUUAGCCAGCGUGACUUCAGAUUGGCGUCCACCAUCAGUGACUGCAACAACGGCUGCAACAGUGGCCCCAUGA